CACAUACAUAAUCGCCAUCGACGACACAUUUAUCCCUCCAUCAUAUCAUCAACACCACUUUAUCUCAGCUGAGUGCCUCACCACCGAAAGGAUACGCGCAAGCAUGUCAUUCACCAUCCGCCAGCCGUUCAGGCUUACCGGCACCCUCGCCGCCGUCUCCAAGACCGCCUUCAAAUCCGCCGCCCCAGUCCGGGCUUUCCACCACGCCCCCGCGACAAAGGCCAUAUUCACCUCCCGCACCGCCUCGUCAAUCAAGAACUCUCCCAUAAUCAAGAAUGGCUUCAAGCAGACGCGCGCCUACAAUGUGCAACCGACCACUGUCUCGAAUCCGACAGCGAACGGCAGUCUGAUGCAGCGCCUCCUCGUCGGCGGUGCCAUGUUCGGUGGCACCCUGCUCGCCAUCAACAUGGUGUUCAACCGCGAGACUCGCGAGGACGGCGGAAUGCCACCCUUCGAGCGCUCAUACCUCAAUGAGACGUUCAUGCACACCGGUCUAGGCGUCGGCAUCAUCGGUGUCGCCGCGCGCGCCAUGUACACCUCGGGCUUCGUAUACCGCAUCAUGGCCACGAACCCAUGGAUUGUGAUGAUUGGUGGUCUCGCCCUGAGCUUUGGUACCAUGAUCGCAACGAGAAACACUGAUCCAUCGAACUACGUCCAGAAGUACGGAUUGUGGACUGCGUUCAACGUUACCCAGGCUGCUUUCAUUGCGCCGCUGAUGUUCAUGGCUCCUCCUGCGAUUAUGGCCCGCGCUGGCCUCUACACGAUUGCCAUGAUGGGUUCUAUUGCUUUCGUUGGUGCUACCGCUAAGAACGACAAGUACCUCUUCCUCGGUGGACCGCUCCUUGCUGGUGUCGCCAUCGUUGCUGUCUCUGGUUUCGCUCCUCUCGUCCUCCCCGCCACCGCCGUCCGCACUCUAGCGUUCACUGAGAACAUCUGGCUGUACGGUGGCCUGGCUGUCUUUGGUGGCUUCACCCUGUACGAUGUCCAGAAGGUGCUGAACCACGCCCGUCUUGCCGAGCGUGGUUUGAUUAAGAGGGAUCCUGUCAACGAGAGUAUCAGCCUCGAGCUCGACUUCCUCAACAUCUUCAUCCGCAUGGUCCAAAUCCUGAUGAUGCAAGGCAACAGGAGGAAGUAGAUUCCCAAACACAAUUGUACAAACUUAAAAAGCCAGUAAGGCUUGUCGGAGAAAGCUGAAAUACAGUUCAUGAAACAUAGAAUGGGAAAGGCAAGCAUACGAAGUGUUUGCUGCUGCCGCUUCUGAUUUCAAACUCUCGAAAUAGGAUUUCGAAGAGUCAGGCGCAAAUGGGGUAUUGAAAUGACAAGACUAGAUAGAUAUUAACUUGUACCACCCGAAAAACUCCUCUCCUUGAUGUAUAUAUUAAAUUUAUCGAGGCAAAAUUAAAUAUAAAAAAAUCAUUCAUC